AUGCUCCAUAAUGGAUCGGACAGAAAAGCACUCGUAGAAGUCUCCACAGAGCUAAACCUCCAACAAAUAAUUAAAAAACCGACAAGAAUUACUGAUACAACACAAUCACUUAUCGAUGUAAUUCUCGUUUCGAACACAGCGUCUGUACUCGAAAGUGGUGUGUUAAAUUCUGCAAUUAGCGACCAGCUUCCAGUAUAUGUCAUACUUAAAGUGAAAGCCCCAAAGAUACCACCAAGUUAUAUUGCAGCGAGAAGCUACAAGUGUUACGACCCCUUACACUUUUCUUCCGACCUCGCGGUUAAAUCAGAUGAUCUUUUGUCAAUUUUCUCAGAUACAGACGUUAACACACAAUUGGAAACGUUCAAAAAUACUCUUGAUCUACAUGCAUCAGUAAAAACAUUCAAAGUUAGAAGUCGUUCAAACCCAUUUAUCUCACGUGAAAUAAAAGAACACAUGAAAUCUAGAGAUAAACUUCACCGCAGAUUCCUGCAAACGCAAGAUAAAAAAGAAUGGGAAGCCUAUAAAGAAUCUCGAAAUAACGUAAAGGACAAGCUUAAAAAAGCAGCAAGCCUGAACUAUCUUUCUGAUGAAGUUGAAGCAGAUAAAAACAACUCAGGCUCUCUCUGGAAGAUAGUUAAUAAUUUUAUCCCAUCAAAAGAAAAAGAAAAGCAAGUAUAUAUCAAAGAUCUUAAGAUACUUGUAGAAGAGUUUAAUCAGUACUUUACAUCCGUGGGGAGAAAUUUUGCUGUAAUGGCAUCAAAUCUUGCCAAAGAAAAUAACAUCAUACUCACAAAUCCGCUCUUAAAUUCAGUAACUUAUCUAUUAGAACAACAGUUUAAUUUCAGGCCUGUCACUUGCACUGAAGUCCAACGUAUUAUUAUGGCAAUGCCAAAAAAUAAAUCACCAGGCCUCGACAAGAUAAACAUGGGUAUCAUUAGAGACUGUUUUCCAGUUAUCUUGGACCAUCUUACGCACAUUAUAAACUCUUCCCUGCUGACAGGCGCGUUUCCUAACGAAUAG